AUGUCUACGGAGGACCGCCUCUUCUCUAACCUGCGGACUAAGCGGCGAUUGGAGCGCCUGCGUCGACGAAAGCGCGACACAGAGUCGAUCAGACGGCACCUGGAGGCAGGUGGUGAGUACAUUUCCAAGCGCGAAAGAAUUCGUCUAUCUAAAGAGAGGCUCAGGCAGAAUCUAGUUAGUGGAGUUAAGUUUUGCAUUGACUGUUCGUUCGAGGGCGAUAUGUCCGCAAAGGAACAUUCCAAGUUCGCCCAACAAUUAUGUCGAGUCUAUGGCGCUAACAAGAAAGCAGUCAGCCCUUUGAGUCUACACUUAGUUAACUUCAACCCAGCUGGUCUAUUGGCUGAAUGCUGUCGGAGAAAGUGCUGUGGAUUUGAUAACUACCAGAUCGGGUUUCAUGUUGGCUCACCAACCGAUGUAUUCAAAUCCCAGCGGAUUGUAUAUCUUUCCCCGGACGCUUCUGAUCCUUUGCUUGACGUUGACAAGUGUUCUGUUUACGUUGCUGGUGGGCUCAUUGAUGAAAACAUUGUAAAAGGGAGAAGCUUGGACACUGCAUCGAGAUUGGGUAUAUCAGCUGUGCGACUGCCUAUUCAGGAAUUUGCCCCUAGGGAUUGGUCUCCUCAAAAUCCUGCCAAGUCCUCCUCCCUCCCACUGAACAUCGUGGUGGAAAUCCUCCUCGCCUACCUGCAGCAUCGCGACUGGCGAACAGCCCUCGACCACCACCUACCUCACCGUUUUCGCACCCCAAGUAUCCUAGCCUCCUGA